GCGGGGCGUGGCGGUAACAGUGGUCUCUACAGAGGUUCCGAGGGAAGGCUAGAAAAUGGCCUCGGGACAUGCGCUACAGCGGCCGUUUAGAGACGCAAAACCAACGCUUUGGAACCUGGAGCCCGGAGAGGAACAGGGCAGGGCGCGGGGCCCGCGAGCGCCACCUACCCUGCAGAUUAGGGAGUACCGCGGCAGAGCCGGUGGCGCAGGUGUGGGCGGUGCAGGUGUGGCCCCGGCGGGCAACGCCCCGCGGCGAGGCGGCGCUAGCGGAGGCUCGGGGGCGGGGCCCGAAGUUAAAUAAAUACAGUGGCGGCGCGGUGGACCCACUCAGUGUUUUCUGCGCUUUGCUUUUCUGCGGUCGAACUCCUUACGUGGAGAAGAGUCAUUGCUGAUUCAUAGAACUUGAAGGAGAAAUCUGCUUUUUGUCUCAACGAAGCUUCAAACUUGGAAACAAAAUGGAAAAAAACAGCAUGGAAGAGUUUCAGCGCAGCACUGUUCCACGCAAGAACGUGAUCGAGUUCAGACCUCCGUUAUACAAACAAAGAUACUUCUUUGUUAAAGAUAUAGUCAAUCAAUAUAAACCAAAGAAGGUUGCAGACUUGGGGUGUGGUAACGCCACACUCUUAUGCAUGCUGAAAUUCCAUAGUUGUGUUCAAGAACUUGUUGGAGUAGAUCUCCUCAUGGAUCGUCUAUUAGAUUGGAACAGUGAUAAGUUGUCUCCGUCAAUAGGGGAUCAUUUAGGUCCUAGGGACCUAGAUUUGAGUAUUGUCUUGUAUCGUGGCUCUGCUGUAGAGAAAGACUCCCGCUUGCUUGGAUUUGACUUGAUAACAUGUAUUGAAUUAAUAGAACAUUUGGAUUCAGAAGAUCUGGCCAAGUUUCCCGAAGUCGUAUUUGGGUACUUUUCUCCAGGCAUGGUUGUCAUCAGCACACCAAACUCAGAUUUCAAUCCCCUGUUUCCAGCAUCGACCUUUAGAAAUUCAGAUCACAAGUUUGAGUGGAACCAAACGCAGUUUCAACACUGGGCUUCAAAUGUGGCAAAACUCUAUAGUUACACUGUAGAGUUUACUGGUGUGGGUGCUCCACCACCAUGGGCUAAGCAUGUUGGAUACUGUACCCAGAUAGGGAUCUUCAAGAAAAAGCAACCGGAUCCUGGCAGCUGGAUCCUGGCAAAACCAACUGGAUCCCGCAUUUCAGAGCCAGAGGAACAUGUUUAUCAAGUUGUUUUUACAGCCUCAUUCCCGAGUUUACAGCAAAAACACUUCCUCCUGUUUGUAUUGUGUACGGAGGUGUUAAAAGAAGUCGAAGCCAUAAGACAGAAGUAUGUCUGGAUUAUGAAGAGAAAGGAAUCCAGUGAACCUGAGUCAGAAGAAGACACUGACAGUGGCUUGGUCAGACGGCCCGGAUUAUUCCUCACCGAUGCCCAAGUAGCCCAAAUAGAGAAGUCCCCCAAACCCUACUCUGUGGGAAAGAGGUUUUAUGUACCCCUGAAAAGACUUAUUGGUUAUCCGAAGGUGAACCGCUUGGUUGCUGAUGUGUCCACGCUGAGAACACUCCUUGCUGAAGGAAUUCCAAUGCGACUGAACAGAGCUCAUACUUCAGUGCAGAUCGACUUGGACCCUUACGAUUACCCUCACGAUUACCGUUAGUGAGCGGGAGCUAUCUUUAUGUCCUAAAAUUCAUGAUUUUAAGGAUAGUUAGGCUCAUUUAGAAAAUUAUAGUCAUACAUAGGUAGCUUAAUUUUGAUAUUAACCUCGUUACGUGUUUUUUUAAAUGCUUUUUUGGGUGGAUGGUGUAAGUUCACAGUGUGAGUGUUCAGGUUUUUUUGUUAGACCCAUGUUGAUGUGACAUUAAAAUUUUUAAAAAUAAA